AUGCCCCACCUCAUGGUGUGCAACCGACCGCUCAGCUGGACUUUGACUCUGGUGCUGGGGUAUCUCUUCUAUCUCCUCCUGGGGGCCAUGGUGUUUCAGCUGCUGGAAAGGCAGGCAGAAGCCAAGUCUCGGGACCAGUUCCAACUGGAGAAACUCAAAUUUCUGCAAAACUACACCUGCUUGGAUCGACAAGCCCUGGAGCAGUUUGUGCAGGUUAUUAUGGAAGCAUGGGAGAAAGGUGUCAACCCAGAAGGAAAUUCAACUAACCCCAGCAACUGGGACUUCAGCAACAGCUUUUUCUUUGCUGGAACUGUCAUCACCACCAUAGGAUAUGGGAACUUGGCCCCCAGCACUGUGCCUGGGCAGGUGUUUUGUGUAUUCUAUGCCUUAUUUGGGGUGCCCCUGAACCUGGCAUUUCUCAAUCAGCUGGGGAAAGGACUUAGUGCUCACCUGAUCAACCUGGAGAGAUGGGUCCACAAGCCAGGCCAAACCCGGGUGGCAGAGACUCUGACAAUGGGACUCUUUCUAACAGCUGGGAGUUUGCUUUUUCUGGUUUUCCCACCACUGAUCUUCAGUUAUGUGGAAGGCUGGAGUUAUGGAGAAGGUUUCUACUUCACCUUCAUCACCCUCAGCACCAUUGGAUUUGGAGACUAUGUAGUAGGCACAGAUCCCAACAAGCACUAUAUCUCAGUGUACAGAAGCCUGGCAGCAAUUUGGAUUGUUUUUGGCUUGGCUUGGCUUGCUCUGAUCUUCAACCUGGGGGCUGACCUGAUGGAGAAAUUCCUGCCUUUUAAUUGGCAAAAGCCUGAUCCAGGCACUGAAGAGACCCCUGUUGCCAAAGUAGAGGAAACCCCUGAUCCCAGGAUCCAUAUACCCAGCUGAGAUUGGCUAAUGGACUGGCAUCUUGCAAAAGAAAAUGGAAGUACUUCCA